CGCAGCCUGCUGCAUCCGAGGUGCUUCGUGCUCCCGACAGGCGUUACUCAAAAAAAAAAACUCCCGGACGGCCAAGGGAUGCAAGCCGAGGAAGACGCCGAGUUCGUGGGUGCGCGGGUGGAGGCCGGCCUCCGCGCCGCCCGCUUCUCCUCGCCGCCGUCGUCGGAGGAGUUCGCGGCCUCCAUCGAGCCCAAGAACGUCCCCGCCGUAUUCCGCGGCGUGCUUAAUGGGUCAGCCGCCUCCUCUCGGUGGGAUCCUCUCCAUGGUGGCCUCGACUACUUGCUGGAGAAGGUGGGACCUGAUGUUGCUGUGGAAGCCAUGAUGUCGAGCACUGGGCACGUGUUCUACGGGGAUCUCAGAAGUCAUGAGAGGGUUUCUAUCCCAUUCUCCACAUUCAUGCAUUCCUGCAAAUCUUACUUGGGGGGUCUGAAUGCUGCUGAUGAUUCAUCCAAAGAUAAGGGGAUUGGGGAGGAGCCAACUUGUUCAGAGGAAAUGUGCUCAGCUAGCUUGGAGAAUUCCGAGCAACUCUAUUUAGCGCAGGUGUCAAUCCUCAACACUGAGAACAAAGAGAGAUGCUCGUUAGAAGUUUUAAAAGAGGACAUUCAGGAGCCUAUUUUUCUAAAAGGAAGACCUUUUUCAUCAAUAAACUUUUGGAUGAGUAGGGCUCACAUGAGAUCAAGUACCCAUUAUGAUCCUCACCAUAACCUUCUCUGUGUGGUGGCUGGAUGCAAGAAAGUAACUUUGUGGUCUCCCUCCGCAUCCCCAUUUUUGUAUCCAAUGCCUGUAUACGGGGAGGCCUCCAACCAUAGCUGUGUCAGUAUUGAGGAACCAGACUAUUCAAGCUACACAAGAGCAAAGUACAUGAAGGAGUAUUCUGAAAGGGUUGUCCUAAAUUGUGGCGAUGCUCUUUUCAUACCAGAAGGAUGGUACCACCAAGUAGACAGUGAUGAUUUGACCAUAGCAAUUAAUUUUUGGUGGAAGUCAAGAAUAAUGACUGAAAUGUUAGAGCAUAUGGAUGCCUACUAUCUACGCCGAAUUUUAAGGAGAUUGGUGGAUACAGAGAUGGACAAAAUAGCGCAGAAAAAUUCCUUCAGUCAUGCGCAAGAAAACAACGGUUUUCAGCCUACAGACAAAGCAUUGAGACCAGGCUCUGAGCAAUUCAAUUUGCACAACGAGGUUAAAAGUCAUGAUACAUCUGACAAGAAAGGGGCAACUGAUACAUCUGACAAGAAAGGUGCACCAUUGCAAUCUUUGGAACCCAGCACCCUACAAGCGCUUUAUGAACUCAUGUCACUGGUUCAUGACAGUGUUGAAGCGGUUGACCAAAAUAACAUAGCAGAAUCUGCAUCUCAGGAUACAUCUUCCAGCCAAAGCAUUGAAAGAAAGAAGAUUGCUGCAGAUGAUUCAUCUCUCUUGGAGAAAGACCCUGUUGCAAAAAUCAUUUUGCCAGUUGAACCACUCGAGUUGCGGAGUAUGCUACUAGCAAUGGUGCAUACUUUCCCGAGGACAUUAGAAGGUUUAGUCCUCAACAUACUUGGACCUACAGGAGCAGAGAUACUGACUAGGAAGUUUGAUGAGAUGGAUCAACAAACCACAACAGAAGAACAGACUGAGUUCUACAAGACAUUCUACACCGCGUUUGAUGACCAAUAUGCUGCAAUGGACGCACUUCUCAAUAGGAAGGAACUGUUUUCUUUCCAGGUGUUCCAGAGUGUCCUUGACCAAUAUCUGAGGGUGCAUGUUGAUCGGCCUAGCUAAUGUGUUACGGACGAAUGCAUGGACUGGAGGAUAGAUCAUGGAUCUGGUGUGCAGCCCUGGUGCCUAGAGUUGCGUUGUCGAAUCGAAGCUUGCUGUGGGUUCAGACUUUACUUUAUGAAAGGGAUGUGAGGAUUCGUUCGAGCUGCUAAUCAGACUAGUGCAACAUGAGAUUCAUCAGUAGUGUCAUCAGUAGUGUCAAACUGUCAACACUGUCAAGUGGAGCUGCCUUUGGUUGGAGCCUCCCGAGGAUCAUGUAUGAUAGCCGAUUGAAUUAUUUUGAGGUUUUAUCGUUCUGAACUUCAACGAUUUAGAGGUACAGUACUUCCAGUAA